AUGGCAGCAACCGACCAACCUCCAAAGACAGACAUACCACGCCAAAUCGCCAUCAUAGGCGCUGGUGUGGUCGGAACCGCCUUAGCAACACAGCUUAUUCACGCUGGCAACUCUGUCAGCAUUAGUAAUUCGAGAGGUCCUGAAAGCCUUCGUGAUGUGGAGAGGACAACAGGUGCCAAAGCAAUGGAUACCAAGCGCGCAGUUUCCGAAGCGGAUGUCGUUAUUCUUGCAAUACCAAUGAGCGGUAUUCUGCCCUUGCAGCCGCUUUUACAAUCUUCUUUGCGACCCGACACCAUCUUGAUUGAUGCCUGCAAUUAUUAUCCCACGCGUGAUGGGAACAUCCAGCCGUUAGAUGAAGGCGUGGUAGAGAGUGUUUGGAUGUCGAAAACAUUCUCACACCCAGUGGUGAAGGCAUUAAAUAAUAUCGUUGCUCUCAACAUUGCUUCCAGCUCAAAAACAAAAGGUUCUCCGAAAAGAGUAGCACUUCCCGUCUCAGGAGAGGAUGACAAGUCCGUGGCAGUUGUGAUGGAAUUGGUAGAAGCAAUGGGAUUCGACGCAUUCAACGCAGGUCAACUAGCAGACUCGUGGCGACAGCAACCUGGACAGCCAGCUUAUUGUACUGAGCCGAAUCUGAAAGAACUAGUAAGUUUACUUAGUUCUGCAAACCGGGACGGUGUAAGCGCAAAACGAGACCAAGGGAUGGCGCUUGCACAGAAGUUACCGCCAGAUUUCCCUCCGCAAAUUAUGGUGAAAGUAGCGCGAUUAGGGGCCGGUUUGGACUGGUGGAAGCCUGGAAGCUGGCUCGCAGCGGCAAAAUUUGCGUAUGCUCUUGCUCGAGCGAGUUUCAAACGUUCUGCUUAG